AGCAGGCAGGGAAAGUGAGGGAGAAAUACAGCUCUCCCAUGUGACGUCGCGCUCACGUCACGGGAAGUCAGUGUGAUCCCGGAAGUAAAGAUGGCGACUGCCUACGAGAGGUUUAACCUGCACAUGACCCCUGAAAAGUUUUACAUCGAGGCCUGUGAUGAUGGCGCUAAUGACGUGCUGGUCAUCGACAGGGCUUCCACAGAGAUGACGCUCACAGGUGUGAUGAACAUUCCGCCAUCAGGAGUCACCAGACCCAUCUGUGGCAUCAUGGGAACAAUUCGGCUUGUGGCAGGGAUGUACCUCAUAGUCAUCACCAGGAAGAAGAAAGUAGGCGACCUGUUUGGCCAUGCGGUGUGGAAGGCCGUGGAGUUUGACCUCAUACCCUACAAGAAGACCAUUUUACACCUCACAGAAAACCAGAUGCAGGACAACAAGAUGUUCCUGUCCAUGAUCAACAACGUCCUGAACACGGACGGCUUCUACUUCUGCACCAACUACGACCUGACACACACACAGCAGCGCCUUGCCAACACCAGCCCCGAAUUCCAGGAGAUGAGCCUGCUAGAGAGAGCUGAUCAGAGGUUUGUGUGGAAUGGAAACCUGUUGAGGGACUUCACUGCACAGCCUGAGCUCCACAAAUUCACCUUUCCCGUCAUCCAUGGCUUUAUUGUGAUGAAGCCAUGCUGCAUUAAUGGCAAGGUAUUUGAAUGGAUGCUCAUCUCCAGGAGGAGCUGCUUCCGAGCCGGUGUGCGCUACUAUGUCCGAGGGAUCGACUCAGAAGGACACGCUGCUAACUUUGUUGAAACGGAACAGAUAGUGCAGUAUAAUAACAGCAGAGCCUCCUUUGUGCAGACUCGAGGCUCCAUGCCUUUCUUCUGGUCCCAGAGACCCAACCUGAAGUACAAGCCCAAGCCUCAGAUCAGCAGCACCACCAAUCACCUCGAUGGAUUCCAGAGGCAUUUUGACUCCCAGAUCCUCAUUUACGGGAAGCAAGUGAUUCUGAAUUUGGUCAACCAGAAGGGUUCAGAGUUGCCGCUCGAGCAGGCGUUUGCCAAAUUGGCGAGCAACAUGGAUAAUGGGAUCAUCAAGUACAUAGCCUUCGAUUUCCAUAAGGAGUGCAGUAAGAUGAGAUGGCAUCGCCUGCAGAUCUUGGUGGACGCUGUGGCUGAGAUGCAGGAUGAAUUUGGGUACUUCAUGCUGAACUCGGAUGGGAAGGUGGUGGCUGAGCAGAGUGGAACGUUCCGCAGUAACUGCAUGGACUGCCUGGAUCGUACCAAUGUGAUUCAGAGCCUUUUGGCCAGGCGUUCCCUGCAGAGCCAGCUUCAGAGGAUGGGAGUCCUUCAUGCUGGCCAGAAGAUUGAAGAGCAAGCUGAUUUUGAGAAGAUCUACAAGAACGCCUGGGCUGACAAUGCUAACGCAUGUGCUAAACAGUACGCAGGCACUGGAGCGCUAAAGACUGACUUCACCAGGACUGGGAAAAGGACUCACUGGGGUUUGCUAAUGGACGGCUGGAAUUCUAUGAUUCGUUAUUACAAAAACAACUUCUCGGACGGCUUCAGACAAGACUCCAUUGACCUCUUCCUUGGCAACUAUACAGUGGAUGAAUCAGAGAGCCUGACACCACUUCAAGUGCAGAAAGACUGGAAAUUCCUCACGUUACCCAUGAUCAUGCUGGUGGCCUUCUCCAUGUGCAUCCUGUGCCUGCUUAUGGCUGGUGACACGAUGACAGAGACACUAGCCUACGUGGUGUUCUGGGGCACAGCCAGCGCUCUCACAGCUGCUGUCAUCCUCUUUAAUGGGAAGGAAUUUGUCGAUGCACCGAAGCUGGUCCAGAAAGAGAAGAUGGACUGAACGUAGACAUGCACUCUUUUUCUUUCUCUCGCUCUUCUUCCUCUUCAUCUUUCUGGAGUCUGUACUGAUCUGCUCUUGUCCUGUAUGUGCAAUCUGUCUCUUGUAUUACAGGAAGUAACCUCAUGAACCAUUUGGGAUAGGGUCCAAUGAUAUUUACACUUGACGCUUCAGCUGCAGUGGCAUUAAAAGUCCAAAAAUCUGAGUCCACUGACGUCAGUUAGGAAAAAUGAAUAGCGAUUUGUCAAAAAAUAUUUCUUCAGAUUUUGACUUUGAAUCAAUUGAAUCAAUUUGAAUCAAUAAUUGGGUUUGGAGUCUCUGUGUUACUAUUUAAAACUAUUUAAAUCAAAUAUGUCCACCAAAUUCCUAUGAGUAGAAUUCAUUGGAUUCAUGCUUUCUUGCUCAGAUACAUUCAUGGUCUAUAUCUGAAAAUAUAAAAAUGUACGUUAACACUGUGAUGGUGGACUAAUGGGACCUGUAUAUCGAAAAAAAAUCAAAAUGCAUCAACAAAGUCUGUAUUAUUUUGAUAUCAAUACAGUUCUGUAAGACAGCAGUGGACUCAGACAUUUUACACAGUACAAGCUCUUCAGUGCACCAUUAGUUAUAUUUCACAGAUUUACCAAGCAAUAUUACUGUUACCAAAGUUCUUUUGGUUGGCAUUCUGCUGGCCUAGAUGUGUAAUGUUGCCAACGUCAAUUCCAACUUGAAGCACUGUGCAAUCAAGGAUUGUUUUAUACAUACACUCUCAGAAACAAAAGUACCAAACUGUACGUUUCCUUGCCCAUGGAGUGAUACUGUCCAGGGCACACUCAAUAGCCACUUUAUUAAGAACAUCUGUAACCCCUGCUCAUUCCUGCAGUUAUUCCAUCAGCGCAAUCGUGUGGCAGGUGAAGACUGGAAAAAAAGACCUGGUGAAGUUUUUUCCAAACUUCACCUGUCCCUUUUUGCCUUUUUGAUUCCUGCUCUUGGCUGACAGGAGUGGCCGCUGUGGUCUUCUGCUGUUGUAGCACUCAAGGUUCCGCGUGUUUGAGAUGCUUUUCUGCUCACCACGGUUGUUAAGAGUGAUUAUCUGAGUUAAUAUAGACUUCCUGUCAGCUCGAACCAGUCUGGCCAUUCUCCUCUGUUCUCUCUCAUCAACAAGAUGUUUCUCUAGAGACGGCUGUGUGCAGCACAUUGUACACUUUAGUACCCUUCUUUCUGAGAGUGUACAACUGGGCAAAUUUCUAUCUAAUGAUGUAUAGUACUCCAUAAUACUCAUCAUUUACACAUCUUUCCUGUUUUACCUCUUCGCUUUUUCUCUACUCACGUCAUUAACGUCUUGUUCAGCGCUAUGGUUAUAGUUUUGCCUUUUCCUGCAUGGCAUAAGCUACGAGGCUCUGCUUAUAAAAAAAAAAGGCAGAGCUUUUAUGCAAACCUUAGUUUAGUUUAGUUGAGUUGGUUAGUUUUCUGAGCACUUUACUGAUGAUUUCCGUUCAUAGAACACAACGCUAAGAUUUAUGAUGCAUGAGCACAUUCCCUACUAACGGCUGCGGUGUUAUUCUUCAAUUUAGAGGUCGAGUGCCGAGGGUGACGGUGAAAUUUUAUUAUGUUACAGGACUCCAGUUCUUUUGUGCUUUAUUACACUUCCUAUUUAAUGAUGUGAGUAAAUAUUCUGUCUUGUCUUGAAUCAUUUUUUUUUUCCUUAAGGGCACUGGAAAUGAAUGUAUUUCUGUUAAGUCUAGCUUGUUUAGGAUUAUCAAAUUUGACUUGGCAUAAUUAAUGAAAGAAUUUCAGACUCACUGAUUGGUUACAUUGCAAAGCACACACACAGUUAUACUUCAGUUUUAAAUUCAGUAAAUGCAUUUGAACAUGUUACUCAUAUUCUCUGCUAGAAAAGCUGAUAGUUACACGUUUGAGCACAAAAUCAUGAGAAAUCCUGGUUGGUUGUUUGAUCUGUAAUUUGUAAAUUGUACAUUGGUAUAAUAAAUGCAUCACUUAUAAAUAGGACAUUGUAAUUAUGUACUGUACUGUAUGGUUUACAAUGAUAGAAUUAGCACUGUAUUACAUAGAAUGGAUCACACACUGUUAUAACUGACUCCGUAGUUUUAUCCUGGAUUUCUCUCUUAGUGUCACUUCUGACCUGCAACAUUCCCACUGUAAUGAUUCUGAAUGUAGUAUAAUAUGGUCAUUGUAUUUUUGGACUUGCUGUUCUGAAAAUGUACUCUUGAUUCAUUCCAAGAGGUCACGUAUGCCUCACUUAUCAACUUUGUAAUAAAAUGUCUGAUUACUGUGUGUGCAA